AUGGAAGGCCUACUGGCCGCCUUCCCACAACUCGUCAAAAACUCUAAAGACUACACAUAUGAAGAAAUAGGCGAAAUCCGCUACAUCUAUCAGCCAAUCGAGGAACUCUACGUGCUUCUAAUAACGAACAAGGCCAGCAAUAUAAUGGAGGACAUCGAAUGUCUCCGUCUGUUCGCCCGAGUGGUAUGCGAGUGUGUUCUGACAGUCCAGCUGUGUGAGUACUGUCCAGAAGUGACAGAGGAAACAGUCUACGACCAAACAUUUGAUUUAAUAUUCGCAUUUGACGAGGUGGUCACUCAGGGCUACCGGGAAAACGUGACUCUCAGUCAAGUCCGGAAGUACAUUGAAAUGGACAGUCUGGACGAAAAUCUCUACAAUAUUGAGAAACAGGCCAAGGAAAGGAAGGCUAAGCAAACCAUCAGACAGGAGGCUCGGAGGAUCACUCAAACUAAGAUCCUGGAAGCCCGAAUGGACCAACCUGAGGCCAAUCCCCUCGCAGAAGCCAUCAAACAGAAAUUGUGGAAACAUUUGACCAAGAAUUCCAAACCGAGGGAGUAUCCGACUGUAAAUCACGUUAUUCCUGAAUUCCGCCAAAAGUCUAAUUUUGUAUUUAUUCGUAGACCUGUGAGGAGUGCCCCCAAACCGGUGCCCGACUCCCUCAAACUUGGGAAUACGAGCAAGGAGGCCGAGUUUAUGGCUCAACUGCGAACAGAGGGGAAUCCGAGUUCGGUUAAAGUGACUCAGUGUGACUGUGGGGAGUUCUUUAUUAACCGGUCUCGAGGGUGUGUUGAAUGGCGGUUGAGUUCGCUUACGCCUUCUCAGCCUACGGGGAUGCUGGAGUUUACAGGAGAAGGGUCCCCCAAACAGUUUUUCCCAGUGAAUGUGUCGUUUGAGUCGUUUUCGUGUCUAUCUGGUGUUGGUGUGGAAUGUGUUGUCGUUGGGGAGACGCAGGCUGACUUUGAUUUUGAGGAGUCGCUGAAUGUCAAGUCAUAUACUAUUAGGUCUACCUAA